AUGAAAGAUCUUCGGCAACUACGAAACUCAGGAAGAGUUCAGGCCACCCAUAAUUCGACCAAAAGCUGGAUUAAUAUUAAAGUUCUUGAACUAUUUCGUGCUGAUGUUGGGUAUUCCAAAAAGAUUGAAGAGAUUGAUGACAAAAAUAUUUUAGAGGAUCAAUUGUCCAAGUUUAUUCUUGCAAUGAAAAAAAUAGACAGAACUCCUUACCAUGCAUCAUCAAUUCAAAAUUCAUUUUAUUUAUUUAAUGAAACUCUAAAUGGAAAAUUAAAAACCCUCACAUCUAAAGGACUUGAUGAACAUAAUGAAGCUGAUGGUCUUACCUUGCAAGAAGUUCGUAUGAUUCUUUCUCACCCAAGUUUUCAAAAAACCACCCCUGAAGGAUUUUCAAGGCACAUAUUUGUUUAUAAUUCUAUAUUGUUAGCACUUCGUGGAGGAGAACAUCGAACUCUAAAAAUAAAUAACUUUCUCAAACGAUGUGAUGGAGGAAUAGAUAUUCAACUUUUUAAAUCCAAAACAAAUCAACGUGGUUUAGAUAAUCCAGAAGCACAAGCUGAAGUCAUUAGUCUUCCUAAUAUAAAAGAUAUUAUUAAUGAUUAUGAGUUUUAUUUUACAAAAAGAUCAACAACAACGCCAGCUAAUUUUUACUUAAAACCAUGUCAAGUAGACAAUGAUGCUGGUUUAGAUUUUUCUCAUCAACAUAUCAGUAAUCAUUCUGGACGUAAAACAUCAGUUCAAGUUCUUAAAGAAUUAGACAAAAAUGAUGAAUCUGAUCAACAAAAUACUACAUCCCAGCAACAUACUACUUCCGAUGAAACAAUUUUACAUAAUAAUCACCAUAAUAGCAACCUUACUCUUGCAACACCUCCUCAACUUCUACUUUCAACACAAUCUCAAAUUUCUUUACCUGGGCUCCCUUUACUUCUUGGACAACAAUCCCUGAUUUCGCAAUAUUCUCAACCUCGACCUUUUCCUUCACAACAUUCUCAAGUUACACAACAACAAACAGAACCUCCAAUUUCGAAUUCUCACGAAUCAUACUUGAUAGAUCAUAACACAACAAACCAUCAUCACCUUCAACCAAAUAAUCAAGCACUAUUUAAUUCAAGUAAUAAUGUAUUAGAUGGACAUCUUGACCAUAUGUUUCUAAAUUUAAAUAACAUUCAUGAAAACCUUUCUGGGAUUUUGAAUGAUUAUGGUAUUUUAGCUCGGCGUCUUAAUGAUGCAAUUCAAACUAUAAAUGCUAUUGAAAUUGAGCAACUGUGGCAUUGGAGUCAAGCACCAGAGAAUGGUAAAGGCUUGCAAAAGAAGAAUAUCUGGAGUGUGGAUAUCAUCUAG